AUGGGUGAUCGCUACGCCACACGUCGUUUCUACGACCGGGAUCCGCAGUUCGACCCUCGCUACCGUCGUCGAGAUGACGACUACAGCGACGACGAUGAAACUCAGAUCCGGAUCCAGACCACCCGCAGGGAGCGAGAACCUCCGCGCGGAGUGAACUACAUUCAGCCUCGCGAUGCUGAUCCGCGAGGAGCCCGGAGGUACUUUGAUGGACCCAACGUGGUCGUGUCGGAGCAGACAAUGGUGAGGACGCGAUCAAAGUCGCGUGAGCGACGAUCCGCACCAUCACCACCCGAUCGGCAACAGCAAGCCGCCGGUGGCAACCAGAUCGUCAUCAACAACUACAACGACCACUCGUCCUCCUCGGACAGCGAGUCUGACCGCUCGACCGACGUUUCCCACCGCAGUCGCCACAGCCACCACAGCCACCACGGAAGGGGUAUGCCGGGUGGCUUCCCGCCGCCGCCUCCUCCUGCUCAUCCCUUUGGCCGAGGGAUGCCGAUGGCGCCGCCGGGCCCUGCAGUUCGUGAGACGCAGAUGGAGCUCGAGCGCACCCGCAGGCAGCUCGAGGAGCUCCGCAUGCGCGACGAAGCCAUCCAGCGCGAGAGGGAGGCCGAGAUGCAGCUGGCCCGCCACAGGGAGGAGUGGGAGUUCAACCUCACCCGGCGGGAGCUCGAGGACCUCCGGGCGCAGCGCAGCCGCGAGAUAGAAGACCGCCGCCGCGAGAAGGAGACGCGCGAGGAGGAGGAGCUCCGUCGCGCCAAGAAGGAGCUCGACGAGAUCAAGCGGCGCGAGGAGAAGGAGGCCGAGGAGGAGCGGCUCGCGCGCGAGUACGAGAUCAAGCGACUGGAAAAGGAGAAGAAGGCGGCCGAGGAAAAGGCCAAGCGCGAAAAGGCCGACAAGGAGGCCGUCGAGCGCUUCAAGCUCGAGCAGGCCGAAAAGGAGCGCAAGGAGAGGGAGGAGAAGGAGCGCGCCGAAAAGGAGUACCAGCGCCGUCUCCAGGAGGACCUGAUCAACUCGGGCGUCGACGAAAAGCACAUCAAGGCCAUCAUCAAAAAGGAGAAGAUCCCAGAGGAGAAGCCCGAGAAGCCCAAGGGCAAGGAGCGUGCUACCUACACCCGCAUGGCCCGUCGGCAUCUGUCAAUCGAGGCGCUCAACGCCUUCAGAAUUGACUUUGAAUACGAUCAGGAUCCAAACUAUGUACUUAUCAAACGUUGGGUUCCCGAGGAAGAGCAAGACCAGCUCUGGAACUACACACGCAUCAUCCGGGAAAGGAGGAUGGUGCUUCCCGUACACACUACAGACAUCCAGAAGACGGUCGUCAACCAGGAGCACGUUGUUCACCACCACCACCGGUCAAAGUCAAAGAGCAAAGGCGAAGACUUCAUCUUUGUCAAGAAGAAGCGCGAACGAUCUCGAUCUCCGAGUCUGUUGAUGUAUCUUGCCGGUGCUCAGCCUCGUUAG